AGAAAAUUCAUUACACAAGCUUAAAACGAAAGUAACAAAAAUUGAUUUUUAUAGAGAACUGACAAGAAAUAAUCACAAAAGAGAUGGCUACCACCCAAGGACAGGACAUCAUUUGUUGUCAGUUGUGUCCAAACCCUGUAGAACAUCACUGUAACCUUUGUCACGUUGACCUCUGCCUCUCAUGCAUACCAAAACAUAUGUCUGACAAAUCAAGGGAACAUGAAGUUGUUGGAUACACUUCCAGAAAAGAAGAAACAGUUGCUCUUCCAACAUGCUCUACACAUGAGAAAAAACAAUGCGAGACAUAUUGUCAAGAUUGUAAAAUACCAUUAUGUAUUAAGUGCCUGAUAGAUUCACACAGGGGACAUGAAGUUAUCGAAAUCCAUGAUAUUCUUCAAAAACAGAAACAGCAAAUUUUAGCUGACAUUGAAGAUAUGGAAAUUAUUCUUUCAAAGUACAGAAAUGUCAAACCAACUACAACCAAUUUUGACAUUCAAAAGGUCCUAUCUGAUAUAGAAGAACAAGAGGAUAAAAUCUGCAAAGUUGUACAUGAAAUGAGCAUUCAUCUUAAAGACACCGUAACCAAUGAAAGGAAAGAAGCAAUGAAGAAAUGCGAAGAAAGCCUGACUUUGAAAAAUAAUGCUGAAAAAGAAUUAAAUGAAAAGAUACAAAACAACAAUGAUAUUCUCAAGGGUAACGAUCCCACAGCCAUAAUUAACUAUCGAUCAUCUAGUAAUCUGGAUUUCAAAGGUCCUGAAAUACCAAAAUUUUCUUGUCCACAGUUAUUUCCUGGAAGUAUAAGGAAGGACCAAAUUAAGGACAUGUUUGGUGAUUUUGAUGGUGAGAAAAAACAAAACAGAUAUUCAAAUUAUGAUUUAAGAGGGCAAUAUCCUGUGGGACCACUUGAUUCACGGGGAAGACCGCAUACUCCUAACUAUACAUCAUAUCCUCGCCUAGUAUAUCAUGGUAACCCUUACCCUACAUACCCUACGUAUAGACCAACAUAUUCCAAGCCAAGAAAAGAGGUGGGCAUUGAUGAUUGA